UACACGGACUCGUGCACUACUAAAUCAGAAAAAUGCUUCAACGAUCUUGCGGAAAGGAUGAUAUCUUGGGCAAUUUCUUCAAAUAAACAUCCAUUAGUAAUUUUUCUCUAACUUAUUUCUCAAAAGUUGCAAGUGGAGCUAUUCACGCCUUGGAUUUGUGAGGUUUCAGGCACAUUUUGACUGACUGUUGGAAAUGAACCUGUGGUGUGAAAAAGACCGUAAAUAACCGUUGGAAUUGUGCUCGAGCGUUCCGGAAAUUAUCUGCUUUAACGGCGGACGGACCGUAAUAUAUUAGCUAUAGCUCACUGGUUGUUCGUAUGGGAUAUAUCAUGAUUUUACUGAAUAUUCUCAGCGUCCUGUUUUUAUUGGAUGAGGUGGUACUUUCCAUGGCCAGCCAUUCUGCCUUGUCAGGGCUGGAAACUCAUGGCUGGAGAGCCCCCAUGGACUGCCUGCGGGCCAGUGAGGUGUGCAACCAAAACUCACAGUGCAGCUCACGCUUUCGCAUCAUGCGCCAGUGCCUGGUAGGUCGUGACCGGACCACCAUGCUAGCUAACAAGGAGUGUCAGGCAGCCCUUGAGGUGCUGCAGGACAGCCCCCUGUAUGACUGCCGCUGCAAGAGGGGCAUGAAGAGGGAGCUCCAAUGUCUACAGAGCUACUGGAGCAUUCAUAUGGGUCUUAAUGAAGGAGAAGAAUUGUAUGAAACAUCCCCAUAUGAGCCAAUGCAUCUCUCUGAUGAGUUCCGACAUGCCUCCAUUAUUUCUGCCAUGGACUCAGCUUCUGCUAAAGAGAAUCCAUGCUCUGACACCGGCAAGCCUUGUAACCCUUGCCUGGAUGCUGCAAAGGCCUGCAACCUAAAUGACACCUGCAAGAGGCAGCGUGCAAUGUAUAUGGCCACCUGCAACCGGGCAACUCCCAUACAGCAAGCUCAGGAACCCUGCAACCGGAAGCGCUGCCAUAAGGCUCUGCGGCAGUUCUUCGACCGUGUCCAGACAGAAUUCAGCUACCCAUUGCUCUUCUGCUCCUGUCGGGAUAAAGCAUGUGCUGAGCGUCGGCGACAAACCAUCAUGCCUGCGUGCUCUUUCGAGGAGAAGGCAAAGCCCAACUGCCUUGAGUUGAGAAGGACCUGCCGCUCAGAUCCACUCUGCAGAUCCAGACUGGCAGACUUCCACAUGAAUUGCCAGAUGACAUCGCAUUCAAUAACAAGCUGUCCUAAUGAUAACUACCAUGGCUGUCUGGUGUCCUAUGUUGGUCUCAUUGGUUCAGAUGUGACUCCUAACUACAUGGAUGCCAGCCACACCAACAUCACCAUCUCCCCUUGGUGUGGCUGUCGAGGCAGUGGAAAUCAUGAAGCUGAGUGUGACGCCUUCCUCCGAGACUUCAGAGAGAACACUUGCCUGAGAAAUGCAAUCCAGGCGUUUGGUUAUGGUACGGAUGCGGGUCUAGUUCCCAUCACUGAGUCUCAGUCAGCACCAUCAGUAAGAACCAAUCUGCAGCCGGCUAUCAUCACCAAGCAUGUCAUCAACUCAAAUGAUGUGAAGUCAAUAGACAGUGCAUGUGUUUUCUCCACAUGCGCUAACCUGCAGGACAGUGAGCAGAAGUGUUCUCCCUCCAACAGUUUUGAAUGUGCUGAUGAGCAGAAUGUGCUAAAUCCCAAUAUGGAGGGAUCCAUUAACUCAGUGGGCUCUCAGCAGGCAGACAACAACUCUGCCAGACAUUCAUCUGUGACAUCAGUCAGUGUUUCAGCUGCCACAGUGACACUGGUCUUUGCACUGGUCAGUCAAGUUCUGUAAUCACAGCCUGACUCCACAACACCAGGAAUUAUCUGAUGGAAUCUUCUAACCUCAAUCAAAGAACUUCUAAAAAGUGACAUUGAUCUCUCUCUCUCUCUAUUAGUGUGUGUAUAUGUGUGUAUCACACGCCAUCUUUAAAAACAAGUCAAAACAACAAAUCCAUUGGAGGAGUUUCCAAAAAACUGCUUAUAGCACCAGUGCCCCAUCAAAGAGAGACUAAGGGAGCCACCAGUAGUUUGGAACUGAUGUGGAAGUUGUGAAGCUGACAGCUAAACAAUGAGAAGACAAAAGAGAGCUUCUAAAAAAGUGGAAUUCUUCUCUUGCAAGGCAGUAGCCAUGUGAUGUCUGACAGUUGAUUGAGAGCAUGUUUCAAAAUGCAGCCAUGCAUUGCAGCAAAGACAGACAAUCUUUUGAUUGCUUUCAGUAACCCAUUGAUAAACUCUCAGUAUAUUUACCAUGAGAUCAGAUAUAGAAUAUAUAUUUAAAGGGUUUGUUCACCUUAACAUGAAAAUUCUGUCAUAAUUUACUCACCCUUAUGUUGUUCCCAAACCCAUAUAACUAUAUCUCUUCUGUGGAAUACAGACAUAAAUUCUGUGGUCACUCUUUUCCAUGUAGUUACAAUGAAUGGGAAAAAUGAUGACCAAGAUUUAUUCCAGUAUCAUAAAAGUGGUCAUUCGACUUGGAUAAAGCUAUAUUCCAAGUCUUCCAAGUCAUACGAUAGCUUUGUAUGUGGAACAGACACAAUUUGAGUCAUUAUUCAUUGAUAAUCUAACUCCAGAGUGCUUUUAACCAUGGUGAUUGUAUCAUUGAAUUAAUGAGUUAAACUUGAGAACUGGAUCAAUAGUGAACGAAUAAUUCUGUUUAUUUUUAUAAACUGAAUCAAGCAAUUUGUUGAAAGGAUCACCGAACGUUUUACAGAUUGGACAUAGUUACUUCUCUCAAGAAUGUACAAAAGAGAGCUAGGGCAGAUGUUUCGUAAACAAUGACGUUUAAUUUGGUCUGUUCUUUACACCAUGCUAUCAAAAGGCUUAUGAAGAUGUAUAUUUAUAAUGUAAGAGUCAUAUGGACUACUUUUAUGACACUUUUAUGAUGCUUUUGCAUCCUUUUUGAAGAUUGAAAUCUCUAGUCCCCGUUCUCUGUAAUUGCAUGGGAAAAAACACAAGGUACAUUCUCCAGAAAUGUUCCUUUUGUGUUCCACAAAAAGAAAGUAAUAUGCAGUUGGCACAACAUGAAGAUGAGGGGGGACACGAGUGACAUAUUUUCGAUUUUGGGUGAACAAGUCCUUAAAAAAAAAAAACAUUCUUCACUAUUCCUCUGUGCACAUCAAUUAAAUAGUGCCCACUGCAUUGGUCAUUACAAAUGAUUUCAUGUAAAUGUUUCUUUUGGUUAAAAAAGAAGAAAAGAAAUAGAUCACAUGGAUUAUGUGACCUUUAUAAUUUUUAGAAAUACUUUCCAUCCAACAAGGAUUUAUCCACGACCAUUUUUAAAAUGUGUAUAAUGAUGUUUGUAAGUAUAUGAGAUUUCUUGAGAAAAUGUUGAGCUUUUUUCCUGUUUUAUCUCUGAAGAACCGAGCAUGUGCUGGAAAGCAGGGAGACGCAUGGAAUUAGAACAAAAAGGGGAGUGCCAUGCGAAACGUAUCGCCAUGGAGAGCAGUUAGUGCCCAUGAUGUUCGUCUUAGGCUGUUAUUAUGUGUAAUAAUUUCUUUCUUGCAAAAAGACUUGGAUUAUAGUCAAAGAAAAGUGUUCCAGGGAGAACAGAACAAAAGAUCCAUUUGAAAAGAGGGUCAAUUGUUGGUGUAUUUAAUAGUGUGCAAUCUAUUGUGUGGCCUUACUUUUUUGUCUCUGCUCUGUUGCUCCCUCUUAUAUAAUGGUCUGAGACCGUACCACUUGCUGAGUGCCACCAAGACUGACUGAGAUUAUUUCAGACGUUCAAAAAUAGCAGCUCCUAUUACUCAAAAAUGUCUUGGUUCAUUUGUGAUGCUUUAAAAUGAAGCAAGACUGAGGCUCAAGAAUGUGUCAGAGAUAUUUGUCUAAAUCCUAAUAAAAAACAUCCUAGUUAUGUCUUUAAGAGUCAAUCAUUUUACAGCAUCUUUGUCUGAAUUAGGCCUAUAAACUGUCUGAAAUAACUAUCUUGAGGUAAGUUGAAGGCUUUAUUUAGCCUAAAAUGACAUACACUCACUGAGCACUUUAUUAAGAACACCUGUACACCUACUUACUCAUGUGAUUAUCUAAUCUGCCAAUCGUGUGGCAGAAGUGUAAUACAUAAAAUCAUACAGAUACCAGUAAGGAGCAUCAGUUAAUGUUCACAUCAACCAUCAGAAUGGGGAAAAAUUUGAUCUCAGUGAUUUCGAUGGUGGCAUGAUUGUUGGCUCAAGACGUGCUGGUUUGAGUAUUUCUGUAACUGCUGAUCUCCUGGGAUUUUCACGCAAAACAGUCUCUAGAGUUUACUCAGAAUGGUGCCAAAUACAAAACACAUCCAGUGAGUGGCAGUUCUGCAGAUGGAAACGCCAUGUUGAUGAGAGAGAUCAACGGAGAAUGGCCAGACUGGUUCGAGCAGAUAGAAAGUCUAUGGUAACUCAGAUGGGCUACAACAGCAGAAGACCACAUCAGGUACUUUAUUAGGGCCGUAGUGUUCCUAAUAAUGUGCUCAGUGAGUAUUUAAAUCAUC